CAGCCUUAAACAUCAAAUGAAGCUGUCGAUAAGAGCACAACAAAUAUAUUUUCUACGAUUUAAUUGAUUACGAGGAUAGCUAAGAAGAGUCUAUGGAAAGUCAAGGCAGCCACGACCAAGGUCGCAACGUUAUACUGGAACGACAGGAACGCGUCUCGAUCCAGGCGCAGGUGAGGGAACUCUACCGCCAUCAAUCGGUCAAAGUUCCCGGUUCCGCCCCCAAACAGCACUCAUCCGUCUCGUCGGACCUAGAGAAAAUCCAACGAACCCGCCAGAAGGUGAAUAGCUUGAACCGGAAGAUCGAACAUGAGAUAGAAAAUCUGAAGCGCUUGCGCAAAUAUUUCCUCGAAAGCAAGGAGACCAGAUGCAAAUCUGGGAGCCAGGAGAUGGCGAGUGUGAAGGACAUGACCUGGGGCCAGAGUUUGGAGGCCAAUCAAGCGAAGGUCAGACCUUUGGUUGGCAAUAGGAGUCCUGUUUCUGGCCCUAGAGAUGCGGUUUUAACGUCCUCCAAAUCAGGAAGCAAGGGGUCCAAAUGCCAAAUGUCCUCCAAAUCAGAAAGCAAAGGGUCCAAAUGCCGUACAAUGGCAGUAAAGUGUUCGCCAGCUGUUGAUCCUACGGAACUCAGCCGUAGAGCCAGUGGUGGAUGCUGCAACUGUUGUGGAAACUGCGAACUGAACCAUCGUACUACCUAUCAAAACAGCUAUGGAAAUAACACCUGCAAUUGCAAUUGCUGUUGCAACAGCAACAUGGGACAACAGCAACACUUCUGCGGUUGCAGAGGUUUCUAUGGUCACAUUUCACCCAAUCAAGGUAUGCAUUUUGGUAUACCUUAUAGCAUCAGUCCACGUCAGACUUGCAAAAGAACGGUCACCGAUCUGAAUACCCAGGAAAUUUGUCGGAAUCGUGCUCUAUCCCCCAAAAAUCAAUGCCAGCAAAAGGAGUCUUCCUUACGAACUAAGUCGCGGGAGAAAAAGUGCCCAGAUAGGGGUAGAAAAUCCGACGCUAAUAAAAAAUUGGAUGUGAAGAUUAAGGCGGAUAAUACCACCACUGACUGCGCCCCAUUAAGCCAACACAAAAAGGAUACCAUAAAGAAGGAACCCGAGCAAAGAAAGCCCAAAGUGAAAAUCGAAAACAUGGUAGUCAGUGAUUUUGUGACUUCGAAGGAGGCCAGUGUGAAAGCUUCACCAUCUAAGAUUUGCAAAGAUGAGCACACGGAUGAAACCAAGGCCCGGAUGUACCAUGAUUAUUUAAGCCUUUAUCAACAGGAGAAUUCCAAGAGUGAGCUCGGUGGACGCACAGCUGUGGCUACGAAUCCCACCUACACAAGAAUGCCAGUUAAAGAAGCGGUCAAGACGGAAACCAUAAAGCCGGAGGAUACUGAUAGGGUUAAGUCAAACUACAACUCACAAGAAGAUCUAAAAGUUCAAAAAUCUUCACAAGAUUCGAUACUGUGCGAUGCUGAUCAGAACAAAGUUGAAGGUCACAGUAGUACUGAUGAACAGCUAAUAUCUAUUGCAAAUCUCUGCUGCUGCAAUGUAUUCAAGGAAGGAAACACUGGUCAAAAUGAACUGGAAUCUUUUAGCCACCACCAAAUGACUGAUCAGCGAUCACCUAGAUCUUAUCCAAAAACAAAAGAUUGCUAUUAUUAUGAAGAGACAAGUCCAGGUCCCCCUAUAAACUAUGGUUGCCGUGAGAAAAGGGGCUACCAAUCCCCGAAAGGUCUUAGAACCGAUCACGAUUAUUUAAAGCAUCAUGGAGCUGAUACAAGGUACAUGAACGAUUCCAGAUCUGUAGCUCCCUGGAACUGUACUUAUUCAGAAAAGUCCCAUGACCAUGAUAGACACUUGCAUAAAACUAAAAGUGCCACAAAGGCCAGUCGCAGCUUGUAUCCCCAGCCAUCCAAGACCUUGAGGCCUCUGGAUAAAGACUGUAAGGUGGUAAAACAGGUGAGGCGGGUGGUCUCCAAAGAGCGAAUCUUUGUGCAAGAGAUUCCGAUGAGUGUUGGACCAUUGAGAUCUCGCCCUAUUCAGCGAUCAGAAUCACGCCAGAGCAUUCAGAGCACCAGUUACGCAUUGUUUGCUCCUCAAAAUCAGAAGAAUCCCCCAGUGAGACAGGUCCAAAGAGAAGCGAGGAAGACACAGACAGAGAUUCUUUGUCGGGAGGAGAGACCCACACAGACGGAGGGGCAUGCCAGGUGCGAGAAGGCAUUGCAAGUGUGCCUGGAACAGCUACAUUACCCCAGACAGGUUGAUUUACAUCCGCAUCCAUCACUACCAACUCCAUCUCGAGUCAAAAGUCCGCCCACACACUGUGAAGAUUUCUCGAAAAAUGAAAGUGUCGAGAGUAUGGUUCAAAAUCAACAUUUUGAAAAUCGAUAUAAGCCUAACGACAAUUUGCAUGAAAGAUCGGGUAAUUCCAAAGAUGAAUCUCUAAGAAACUAUCACGAUGAAAAGCAACGUUUUCCCAGGACUGAAGAGGAACUGAAAAGGAAUGCCAGUUAUAGAACAGGUUACGGCAAUGUCUAUGAAAAAAGUGAUCACGAGGCGUUGGCUUGCAGGCAAGAUGAUCUAAGUAAACCUUCCAAUAGAUCACCAACGGGAGAAACAAAAGGCUUUGAUGAUUCACCACAUCCCAUUUAUAAGCAGUCUAUUCCAAGAGAGCUUCAAAACCACGGACUAAGGCAGCAAAGUCUCACAGACUCCUAUAAUCAGAAAGAUUCCCGAAGUGUUAGUCCCAAUAGAAGCUAUCCUCCUAACUAUAAGUCUUUGAAUUCAAGUUCUAGUCAAGAACCCGACGAAUUCGAUCAUAAUCAAUGCUCCGAAUGGCAGGACGAGUACGAAACCCAGCAGAAUAGUUUAGACAUGCGUCAACACGAUAUUUCUUUCAAUGAUCCCAACACCGAGUACACAAGUUUUCCCGAUCAAAUUCCGUCGAGAUGUGUUAGGACAUCGUCUGAGUUUGACCGCUAUGGAAAAGAGCGAUCGGAUAGUCCUCGUAGGGUUUCACCAAGGUCGUGCUUGUCAUCCUCGCCAAGACACCAUUCAUGCAUUGAAGAGGGAGAAGUACCCGUUUUGGAGACAAUCUGCGAAAAGCGCACACGAACAGUUACCUUCGAAGACGAAUGUGGGGAUCUGACCAAGGAGGAGCACGUGCAGGAAACCUGUCACAGUCUGAUCGAUUGGGAACGGGCCCUCAAGUAUCACAUGGUGGAUCAGGGCAAUGAGACGGACAAUACGGAUGACAACCACACUUGCAGAUCCAGCAGUUCGGCGGAGCACACAUGUAUCGAAUCCACCUGCGAUGAUGACUUCGCCAGCUGCGAUGAGCCGGAUCCCCAGGUCGACUUCAAGCGGAUUCCGCCCUUCGAUGCCUGUCCCUGCAUGUACCAGACCUAUGUCAACCUGGCCGCCAUGUGCCAGGGUCGCUUCGUUCAAUGAGAAUCCUUCGCCCGAAACACCUUUUUAUUGUGCGUUGCCCAUCUUUUAUAUAUUUUUACAAUUUCGAUAUUCCGGCCAAACAUUAAAUUUGAGUUAACAUAAAACA